AACUCUAUCUUCCCAAUAUCUACUCUCUCUUUUUUCCACACUGGUGCAUUAGCUUGAAAGAAGAAAAGCCAUGGCAGCAGCUGAGUUAGGAAUAAUAACAAGCAAAGAUGAGCAUUACAAUGGCAAGAUGACCCUGCUUGUUGUGCUAUCUUGUAUGGUUGCUGCCAUGGGAGGCAUUAUUUAUGGCUAUGAUAUUGGGAUUUCAGGUGGAGUGACUUCAAUGGAGCCGUUUCUCAAGAAAUUUUUCCCAGAAGUGCGCACUAAGAUGAAAGAAGAUACCAAAACCAGCAACUACUGCAAAUUUGAUAGCCAACUUUUAACAGCAUUUACAUCCUCACUCUAUAUAGCUGGCCUUGUAGCUUCCUUCUUUGCCUCUUCAGUCACCAGAACCUUCGGCCGAAAGCCUUCAAUCCUUGUAGCUGGUGCCUCAUUCCUUGCUGGUUCGGCCUUAGGCGGUGCAGCUACUAAUGUCUUCAUGCUAAUAUCUGGUCGUAUCUUGCUUGGUGUUGGGGUUGGCUUUGCAAACCAGCUUGAAAGAAAAGAAGCCAUGGCAGAGUUAGCAAUUAUAGCAAGCGAAGAUGAGCAUUAUAAUGGCAAGGUCACCCUGCUUGUGGUGAUAUCUUGUAUGGUUGCUGCCAUGGGAGGCAUUAUUUAUGGCUAUGAUAUUGGGAUUUCAGGUGGAGUGAUUUCAAUGGAGCCAUUUCUCAAGAAAUUCUUCCCAGAAGUGUACACAAAAAUGAAAGAAGACACCAAAACCAGCAACUACUGCAAAUUUGAUAGCCAACUUUUGACAACAUUUACAUCCUCACUCUAUAUAGCUGGCCUUGUAGCUUCCUUCUUUGCCUCUUCAGUCACCAGAGCAUUCGGCCGAAAGCCUUCAGUCCUUGUAGCUGGUGCCUCAUUCCUUGCUGGUUUGGCCCUAGGCGGUGCAGCUACUAAUAUCGUCAUGCUAAUAUCUGGUCGCAUCUUGCUUGGUGUUGGGGUUGGCUUUGCAAACCAGUCAGUCCCACUUUAUCUCUCAGAAAUGGCACUACCUAGACACAGAGGAGCUUUCAACAUUGGCUUCCAAUUAUGUGUUGGCAUUGGAGUAUUAUCAGCUAACCUCAUCAACUUUGGCACCGAAAAGAUCACGGGCGGCUCUGGCUGGCGAAUCUCCCUAUCCUUGGCAGCAGUCCCAGCUUCAAUACUAACUUUAGGUGCUCUUUUCCUGCCAGAAACACCCAACAGCUUUAUCCAAAGCACCAACGACCACCAAAAAGCCAAGUCAAUGCUACAACGAACACGAGGAUGCGAAGAUGUCCAAGCAGAACUGGAUGAUCUCAUCAAAGCAAGUGAAAAUUCAAAAACCAUCAAAUACCCUUUUAAGAAAUUGAUGCAAAGAAAAUAUAGGCCUCAACUUGUUAUGGCAAUUGCCAUGCCAUUCUUUACACAAGUGACUGGGAUCAAUGUCUUCUCAUUUUAUGCCCCGAUACUUUUUAGAACACUUGGUCUAAGUGAAAGCAUGUCACUCUUGUCAGCUGUGAUGAGCACGGGCGCUGCGGGUACCAGCGCGACGUUUAUAUCAAUGCUUAUGGUGGACAAACUAGGCAGAAGAGCUCUGUUUGCAAUAGGGGGAAUUCAAAUGUUUGUGUCACAAGUUAUAGUAGGGAGCAUAAUGGCAGCUGAGCUAGGCGACAUUGGUGGAAUGAACAAAGGGUAUGCAUAUUUGGUGCUGAUCUUUGUGUGUGUGUAUGUAGCUGCGUUUGCUUGGUCAUGGGGCCCACUAGGGUGGCUGAUCCCAAGUGAGAUUUUCCCACUGGAGAUAAGAUCAGCUGGGCAAAGUGUUACAGUGGCAGUAAACUUUGUGUCGACUUUUGUUAUUGCUCAAUCAUUUCUGUCCAUGCUUUGUCACUUCAAGUCUGGUAUUUUCUUCUUUUUUGGAGGUUGGGUUAUGGUGAUGACUGGUUUUGUGUACCUCUUGUUGCCUGAGACUGCAAAUAUUCCUAUUGAGAAGAUGGAUAGGGUGUGGAGAGAGCAUUGGUUUUGGAACAGAUUUGUGCGAUAAGUGAGGGAGGAUAGUAAUUAAUUAAGCUGUAAUUAAUGAUGUGGUAAAUUUAUUGUUAACCCAUCUAACCAAAAAGGUUAGAGGUUAAUUGGAUUAUUGGCGUGCUGUAAUUUGGGACCAUAUGUAGAAGUUUACUAAAAAAACAAAUCACAUGAGAGAGUCCUAUGACGGUUUGCCCUUACUCGGCGUGUCUGAAUAUAAAGAAAUCAUAUCUUAAACCAAUGAAUUAGACCUUAAUUUAAGCUAACAGGCUUAGUUUAUGCUAAAUGCCUAAUAAUCAUGCAUUCUGAUAAGUGACUAGUAAUUUGCCCAUAUCAAGGACACUUGGCAAAACCAAGGAAAGCUCAGGUUUUUUUUAAGCACCAGUUUUUGGCAGCUUCUAAGCUAAACAUUGCUGGUCAAGCAUGGAUAUGGCUAUUUUUUUAGUUCUUUUAUUGUAUUUUCUUCCUUCCCUAAUAUUUUACUUUAUUUAUGUGGAAAAAUAAAAGAUUCUGUUCCAAACUUCCAAUAAUUCCAAUAAUUCACAUUGUCGCGUAGAAGUACUCUUCUGUCCCAAAGAUUGGUAAGUUGAAUGGUCCUGCUUGAAUAUUGAAUUUUGUAACAUGACGUGUCUGAUAGAGAUUGUGAUUGCAAUCGGUCCAAAAAGAUUUGUUUGAUCUCAAC